GCAGCCAAUCUUGCAUGAAAGCUCAGGCUGCGCUACAUACAAAGGCUCUGUUUGCUUUGGAUUCCCUUUGCGCAUCAACUACACUGAGUGAGAGGCAGAGAGGCAGCUCCAUCUUUAAGAAAACAAGGAGUGAAUCCUGACUAAGCAAGUUAAGGCAGAUGCGGGGAGACAGAGGGGAAACAAAGCUGCUCCCUGAUCGGUGCCUUUCCCUGUCUCCCAGCUGGGGCUCAGUGCUGGCCAGUGUGGGGUUAAACUGAGGGAGAUCACUGGGAGAAGCAGCACAAGCUUUGCAACAUGGGUGACUGGGACUUUGGCCCCCAGCUGUGCUCCAUUGGCUACUAGGUGCAGUCUCCAAGCUGUCAGGUUGGAUGUCUGUGAAUUAAAGGUGAACCCUUCCCUCCCCAGGCUGUCUCUUGGCUAGAGGGGGAGCUGCUGACGGAAGCGGAACUUUGCUGAGUUCUAAUACAAUGAGAGGAGAGGAAGGAUCCUCACAGGUCUCAGCCUCCUGCAGAGAGAGGGACAGCAGAGGGGAGUCUACACCCAACUCACUGUGCGGAGCCUACAGGAACCCAGGCUGCCCAGCUGUGCUCUGAGCUCAGGCGCCCCCAACUCAGCUCCAGGCACCCCCAAACCUGGCAACACAACUCCAGCUGGAAUCUGAACUGCCCGGUUACCAGGGAAACUGCCCCAGUCUGGCAGAUCUAACCUCAGGAGAACCUCAACGGCAGAUGGAGCCAUAGUGAGCCCAAUUCCAGCAGGAACCGGUCCGACACCCACAGGGCAGCAGCUAGUGAAUUUCACUCCCAGUAUCCCCAGCUCCGGAGCCCAGCUGGCAGGGGCACCUCAUGGACCAUCCUCUGUCUAUAUGAGAUCUAGCUGUGCCCCAACUCACUACUGCUCUCCCGGCUGUUACUGCUUGAACCAGGGCAGUGACAGAAUGGCCUCCUUCCAGUCCCCUGAGCAGGGCACCGUGGCUUUAAUGACUCACAACUCGAAUGGAAAUAAAGAAGCAGAGAGAAGCAAGGAGGACCUGCUGCCAGAGAAAGGGCAGGAGAAGCCGGACCCAUCGCAGAAGCCGCCCUAUUCCUAUGUGGCAUUAAUAGCCAUGGCCAUCAGGGAGAGUGCGGAGAAGCGGCUGACCCUCUCGGCCAUUUACCAGUACAUUAUCAGCAAAUUCCCCUUUUACGAGAAGAACAAGAAGGGCUGGCAGAACAGUAUCCGCCACAACCUCAGCCUCAACGAGUGUUUCAUUAAAGUGCCCCGGGAGGGCGGCGGGGAGAGAAAGGGCAAUUACUGGACCCUGGACCCGGCCUGCGAGGAUAUGUUCGAGAAGGGCAACUACAGGCGAAGAAGGAGAAUGAAGCGACCCUUCCGACCGCCCCCGACCCACUUCCAAGCAGGAAAGAGCCUGUUUAGCAGCGACACCUACGGCUACCUGUCCCCACCCAAGUACCUGCAAUCCACCUUUAUGAACAACUCCUGGCCCCUGGCCCAGCCGCCUGCCCCCAUGUCCUACACCUCCUGCCAGAUGGCCGGGGGCAACGUCAGUCCGGUCAAUGUCAAGGGCCUCUCCGCAUCGUCCUCCUACAGCCCCUAUUCCAGAGUGCAAAGCAUGUCCCUGCCCAGCAUGGUGAACUCCUACAACGGAAUGAGCCACCAUCACCACCCUCAUGCCCACCAUGCCCAGCAGCUGAGCCCAGCCAGCCCUGCCCCAGCGCCCCCAGCUCCCCCUAAUGGGGUGCAAUUCACCUGUGCCAGGCAGCCCUCUGACCUCUCCAUGAUGCACUGCUCCUAUUGGGACCACGAUGCCAAGCACAGCGCCCUGCACCCUAGGAUAGACCUCUGAGGAGCCCCCCAAGGCCCUGGCAGGAACUACUGAGCGUUCCCAAGGAGAGGCCUCUGCUCCUACACAUGGACCCCCAAAGCAAGGGCCAGAACUGCAGCUCCCAGCCCUUAGUAGCGCUCAGGAUCUCUUGUAGACUCGGUGCCAUUUAUUCUUUGGGGAUACUUUGUUGCAAUGAUCUGCUCCCCGUUUGAUUGAAGGCAGUGUAAGUGUAACUGUGUGUAUCAGUGUUACUGUGUAUCGAUCAUUUCCUCUUCAUGUUCCCACAGCUUGGCGGGCUCUGGGGGAAUGGUACUUCUGUUGCACCAAAAACAUUCACAGACAUUGGCUAUAGGCAAAACUCUUCGGAAAAUAUCCCAAAAUCGAAUUCUUAGCUGCAAUAUUUUGGGAAGAAUUUGCAGAAUUUUAUAUAUAUACUUGGUAAAUGUUGCCCCAUAUAGUUCUGCUGAGAUGACCCCAUGUAGCACACAGCAUAGACACACAUACACAAGCACAUGUACACAAGCACAGACACUGAUGUACAGACACACACAUAGAUGUACAGACAAACACACACACAUUCACGCACUUUCCCACAACCCCAGACUCUGUAUAGGUUCCAGAUUGUGAAUGGAGUAAUGAAAUGGUUAAUAAAAUCUGAUUGGUUCCUAAGUCCCUGUCAGUUGAUCAGUGCUAUUUCACCGGCUCAGGGGCAAUAGUAGUGGGUUCCUACCCAAUUCCCACAUCUAACAGGCCCGCAGCAGAGUAUUUCAGUGUUUAGAGUCACAGCCACAUCCAUUCUCUCAGACAGAAUUUUCAGCCACAUUAAUCUUCUUUUUUAGUUCUCAUGCCUGGGACAAACAUAUAUUUGGGGCCCCAUUGCUUGUACUGUAUAAACCUGGGGACCGCCAGCUGCUGUUGAUUUAGAACUCCCAGCCUUUGGCUAGUGACAGUUGUACCUAAACACCUGUAGGAACACAGGUUGGGCAGCCCUGCCAUGAAAGUGACACUGGCCCUGUCAAGCUGCUUAAUCUGCCAACCCACAGGCCCAAUCCCGGGCUCCACAGUCGCCUCUAGUUGAUUUAGCGACUCCAGUCAGUUUCUCCCUACAGGCCCCACUCCAACCAAUGAGCCAUGUACCGUUAUGGACCCGAAUGUGCUGAUUUGUGUCCUCUCUGUCUGGUGUAAAUGUUUUUAUUUUUUAUUUUUCGUUCUAUUCCCCCCUUCAUUCAAUUUCCAUGAACCCUGUCAGUUGCAGUUCAGAAUCGCACAGCAAUCAGUUCCUGGGCUCACUGGCAGCUAAACAGUUAAUAUUUGGGACCAAUUUUCUUAGAAAAAAGUCCAUUAGCACUUUCCGUUGUAUUUUUGCAAUUCUAGUCCUGUUAAUUGCUAAAUAAAAUAACCUUGUUUCUUUUAA